AACCCCAGGAAUUGCUCGCACCGCCACCGCGGCCCUGCCGCGACAACCAGCCGCAAUUUGAUCAAGACAUGCUACGCCGGCAAUGAACCUCCUUCUUUCUGACGACUACCUCCUCCAGGACUACCCAGAGAAUAUCACCAACACCAUCCGGUCAGGGCACUCGACAUGCGUCCGAUUCAACCGCAAGGGCGACUUCCUUGCCUCGGGCCGCGUUGAUGGCACCGUCGUCAUCUGGGAUCUCGAGACUAUGGGAGUGGCGCGUAAGCUCAGAGGGCAUUCAAAAAACAUAACCUCACUGAGCUGGUCACGGUGCGGCCGGUAUCUGCUUUCCGCCUGUCAAGGAUGGAAGGCCAUCCUCUGGGACCUACAGGACGGGAAACGUCAUCGUGAGGUUCGCUUCCGGGCCCCCGUCUAUGGGGCCGAGCUCCAUCCAUGGAACCACAAUCAGUUUGUUGCAGCCCUGUUCGAGGACCAGCCGAUGCUCGUUGAUAUCACGGACUCCACCGACGUUCGAUACAUUCUCCCCUCUGUACCGAAACGGCCCAACACGGACGCCGAUGCCGCUCUAAAAGAGAAGCAAGCGAAGGAGGACGCAAAGCACAUGACCACAGCCAUCAUCUAUACCGCAGAAGGGGACCACCUUCUGGCGGGCACAACCAAGGGACGCCUCAACAUCAUCGAUGCUAGGACGCGGGAUAUCAUCUACUCGGAGAAGAUAGCGAGCGGGAUUAUCACAACCCUCCGGCUCACUGAGUCCGGCAAGGAUCUGCUGGUGAACGCUCAGGACCGGAUAAUACGAACCUUUCACGUGCCCAACCUCUCAGCGGCAGACCUCGACCCGGACACCAUACAAAUACCGCUUGAGCACAAAUUUCAGGACGUGGUAAAUAGACUAUCGUGGAAUCACGUAGCCUUUAGCGCUAGCGGCGAAUACGUGGCGGCGUCGACCUACAAUAACCACGAACUCUACAUCUGGGAGCGCGGACACGGCAGCCUGGUCCGCAUGCUGGAGGGACCGAAGGAGGAGCAGGGCGUCAUUGAAUGGCACCCACACCGAGCUUUGCUAGCGGCAUGCGGUUUGGAGACCGGCCGGAUCAACAUCUGGUCCGUGACGAGCCCUCAGCGAUGGUCGGCCCUCGCGCCCGACUUUGUGGAGGUGGAGGAAAACGUCGAGUACAUCGAGAAAGAGGAUGAAUUCGAUAUCCACCCCCAAGAGGAAAUCCAAAAGCGGCGGCUCGACCAGGAGGACGAGGAUGUCGAUGUCUUGACUGUGCAGGACGGCGGUGGACACGGACAGGACGUAGACGGGUUCCGCAUGCCUAUACUAUUCAACCUAGGGGAGUCGGACAGCGAAGAAGAGUUCGUGAACGUGUCCCUCGGAACAUUACGGAGGAAAAGCCCCGGGGACCAAGAGGACGGUGAAGCCACAGGUGAAGAGAGGAAAGCCGGAAAGAGAACGUCUGGUACUGGGCGAGGUCGGGGAAAGAAGAAGUGAAUAGAAUGCAGUCGUUCCCCAAUGAAGGCAAUCGCCAGGACAAUUUGGUAAGCUUGAGACACAAUACCACAUAUAUGUUGAACCAUGUUGUCUUAGGGUACGUUAAGCCUUAUUAAUUGUCAGUGAUUGUCUC